CGUGCCCCGGAGUGAAAGCGCGCAGACGUCGCUCUCCGGGUUUCCUCUCACGGUCCUCCCUCGUCUGCAUCUGCAUUUUGGGGGGGUCGGCCCCCACCCUCUGGGGCUGGUGCUUGUCGGCCGCCGCCGAUCCAGCUCGAGGAGAGACGCCAGAGCGAGCCGUCCUGGCGCAGAGCCGAGCGGCGCGUCCUGGCCGUCUCCUAGCGAUAGCGCGCUCCCAGCAGCACCUGCGCGCGCGCCCUGGGCGCCAUGGCAGCGGUUGUCCGGGCGACGGCGCGCUCCCGGCGGCUCCUAAGCGCGCGGCCUGGGCGCCAUGGCGGCGGCGGCGGUGGGCCUCGGCCCUGACCCCGAGGGUCCGCGGUGGGCGCCAGUUGAGCACCCGCAUCCCGAGGCCGGGGCCGCGGCAGGGCUGGGCGGCGGCGUGCACGCGCCGGCGCGGCCGCUGUGCAAGCCCCGCGGCAUCUGUUCGCGGGCCUACUUCCUGGUUCUGAUGGUGUUCGUGCACCUGUACCUGGGCAACGUGCUGGCGCUGCUGCUCUUCGUGCACUACAGCAACGGCGACAAGGCCGCCGACCCCGACCCCGCUCCCGCGCCAGCCCCCGCGCCCGCCCCCGGCCCGCUGGCCCGGCUGGAGGGCAUCAAGGUGGGGCACGAGCGCAAGGUCCAGCUGGUCGCCGGCAGGGAGCAUUUCAUCAGGACCCUCAGCCUCAAGCCGCUGCUUUUCGAGGUCCCCGGCUUCCUGAGUGACGCGGAGUGCCGACUCAUCAUCCACCUGGCCCAGAUGAAGGGGCUACAGCGCAGCCAGAUCCUGCCCACCGAGGAGUACGAGGAGGCACUGGGGACAAUGCAGGUCAGCCAGCUGGACCUCUUCCAGCUGCUGGACCGGAACCGUGAUGGUCACCUGCAGCUCCGUGAGGUCCUGGCCCAGACCCGCCUAGGAAGUGGGCGGUGGAUGACACCAGAGAACAUUCAGGAGAUGUACUCUGCGGUAAAGGCUGACCCCGAUGGUGACGGAGUGCUGAGCCUGCAGGAAUUCUCUGCCAUGGACCUGCGGAACUUCCACAAGCACAUGAGGAGCCACAGGGUGGAGUCCAGUGACCUGGUGCGGAACAGCCAGCACGCGUGGCUCUACCAGGGGGACGGCGCCCACCACGCCAUGCGCGCCAUCCGCCAGAGGGUGCUGCGCCUCACUGGCCUGUCACCAGAGAUCGUGGAGCUCAGCGAGCCUCUGCAGGUCGUGCGUUAUGGCGAGGGGGGCCACUACCAUGCGCACGUGGACAGUGGCCCCGUGUACCCGGAGACCAUCUGCUCCCACACCAAGCUGGUGGCCAACGAGUCUGUGCCCUUCGAGACCUCCUGCCGCUACAUGACAGUGCUGUUCUACUUGAACAACGUCACCGGUGGGGGUGAGACUGUCUUCCCCGUAGCAGACAACAGAACCUAUGAUGAAAUGAGUCUGAUUCAGGAUGACGUUGACCUCCGCGACACUCGGAGGCACUGUGACAAGGGGAACCUACGUGUCAAGCCCCGGCAGGGCACGGCAGUCUUCUGGUACAACUACCUGCCUGAUGGACAAGGUUGGGUGGGCGACGUAGACGAUUACUCGCUGCACGGGGGCUGCCUGGUCACGAGAGGCACUAAGUGGAUCGCCAACAACUGGAUCAAUGUGGACCCCAGCCGGCCGCGGCAAGCGCUGUUCCAGCAGGAGAUGGCGCGCAUGGCCCGCGAAGGGGGCGGCGACUCGCAGCCGGAGUGGGCCCUGGACCGCGCCUACCGCGACGUGCGCGUGGAACUCUGAGCAGGGCCCCCCGUCGAUUGUGCAGACCCGCGCGGCCGCGUGCAAUAAAGCCACCCGCCCAGA